AUGGGGGAGCAUUCACAGGAAAAGAAAUUAGGUUGUGGAAUAUUGAAUGCUGUUUUUCGGAAGCGUAAUAAAAGGUCUGCUACGGUAGAUUCAUUGACAGUCCAAAACAACGAAGUUAUAAGCACAAGCUCGAAUACAAAGAAGGGGCCAAGUGGUUCCGAUGAGCCUUCCUUUCUUGACUCCUCCGUGAAUGGACCAGAAGCAAAUCCAAAACCAUGCACGAAACAGCCUCCAAAUCAUAUUAAGUCCGCUGAGGUAUAUCAACAAAACCAGGUCCCGAAACCUCUUGAAGAAGAAACCAAAAUAAAACAUAACCAAGCGUCUAUGAACCCUGGUCGAAAGCUGCGUAAAGAAAGUAUUAGUAUAUCCGGUGAGCUUGAAAGCAUGAUUGUGGAUCAUCAAAAAACAAAAGGAAACAACCUAAUACGAGCCUCGUCCAGCAACAUGAUGCUUCAAGGUAGUUUAGGCAACUUGAGACAACCUGGUGGAGGAGGAGGAGGAGGAAACAUGACUUCGUAUAACGUUCCCAAGACUGAAACAGAGGACUCGACGCGGAACGGGAAAUAUCCCAAUGGUGUGAAAGGAAAUGUGGUGAAGAAACAUAAUGAGGAGAAGCGUGCAGAACGACAGCCAGCUUCUCUAUGCAGAGCUCUUUCUACGAGAAUAGACCCUGAAACAUUGAAGAUCAUGGGAAACGAAGAUUAUAAGAAUGGGAAUUUUGCGGAAGCAUUGGCUUUGUAUGAAGCAGCCAUCGCCAUUGAUCCAAACAAGGCUUCCUACCGAAGCAAUAAAAGUGCAGCCUUAACAGCUUUAGGUAGGAUUCUUGAGGCAGUUUUUGAGUGCGGAGAAGCCAUUCGAAUCGACCCUCAUUAUCACAGAGCUCACCAUCGUUUAGCAAACUUAAAUCUCAGGCUAGGAGAGGUGGAGAAGGCAAUAUAUCAUUACAAGCAAGUAGGCCCUGAGGCUGACCCUAAUGACAUUACUAAAGCUAAAACACUUCAGGCACAUUUAAACAAAUGUACCGAAGCUAAAAUACAACGAGAUUGGAAAAACCUGAUAAAAGAAACAGAUUCAACCAUUAAUGCUGGUGCUGAUUCAGCUCCCCAGAUAUAUGCAUUGAAAGCCGAGGCCCUGUUAAAGCUUCACAGACACCAAGAGGCCGAUGAAGUUUUAUUGAAAGGUCCAAAUUUUAAUGUUGAUGACAGCACUAAAUACUUUGGCCCUAUUGCUAACGCGAAUUUGCUUGUUGUUCGAGCUCAGGUGGACAUCGUUGCCGGCAGAUUUGAGGAUGCCUUGGCAACGCUUCAGCGAGCUGCUAGGCUUGACUCUAAUAACAGAGAAGCAAACACUGUAAUGAGGAAAGCUAAAGCACUGGCAGAUGCUCGAUCAAAUGGCAAUGAGCAUUUCAGGGCCUCUAGGUUCUUAGAGGCAUGUGUUGCAUAUGGCGAGGGGCUUGAUCAUGACCCGCAUAAUUCUGUCUUAUCGUGCAACCGAGCAGCUUGCCUCUCCAAGCUUGGCCACUACGAUAACGCAGUAGAGGACUGCAUCCGUGCCCUUCAUGUGCGUCCUGGUUACAGCAAAGCUAGACUAAGAAGAGCCGACUGUAAUUCCAAGUUGGGGAAAUGGGAAGCUUCAAUACAAGACUACGAGUUCUUGCAAAAAGAAACGCCUGACAACAAGGAGGUUCAACGGGGCUUGUCCGAGGCCCGAAUGCAACUCAAGAAACAACAUGUGUGA